AUGGCGUGGAUGACAGAUGCUUCGAAAGCUGGCUCGGCGGGACAAUACGAGCUGAGAGUCUGGCGUUCCUGGACUAUCGGCGAGACUGCUCCAGCUAUCGUCCGAAGAUGCCACCAGCCCCUCAGGGUUUUCAAUGUCGCGGUUCGGUGUUCUCGCUUGGCCGAACAUGAGCCCGAUACCAUAGUGAAGGCCAAUCGACUCCUCCUCCUUCGAAGCCAAACUCUCGCUCCCGGCAAGGCUCCCCCUUCUGCUGUUGUUGGGUUUUCCGGUAUCACCGCUCAGCCGGUCACCGCUCGGGCGCCCGGUAACGAGAAUACUGAGCACCUCGACGCGGGUGAUAAUGCAAACGGCAUCUACUUCAAGACGGAGCCUGGAAGCAAGCUGUGUGGCGGCAACGUCAUAUGGCAUGAGAGCAUGACGGUCCCAGGCAACAUCGCCGCAAUCAAAGGCCAAGUCGUUCACAACGACAGGAACUUUCCAAACGACACCGACCCUAUCCAAACUCUCCGGCAAGAGCACGCAAAACUUGCCGAAGGGUUCCCCUUCACGCCUCUCUCCUUCACGACCCCAACAGACCAGGAUAGCUCUCGGCAACCGGCCCUGGCAAAGCUUUACACGGGCGACUUCAGUGAGAGUAUCGACUCCCACUUUCGGUUGAAGAUCCCCUUCUUGGGGAUUCUUGUCAUCCUGAAGAAGUUCAGUACCCGGGUAAAUACUUUCCUCUGGGCGUUCCCAUAUGACCCGAUGCCGCAAAACCUCGCCAUCCAGGCCGUCCUCGUCUACGAACACCUGAAAGACAAGGAUUGA